AUGAGCGCAGCUACGACGGAGAAGCCGGCGUCGCCGACGACGUCGACGGACGAGAAGCUCGCGGUGGACUCGUCGCGCGGGAGCGAGCUCGGCGCGGACGACGACGUCGCGGAGGACCCGCGCAUGGAGCACGUGUGGGCCAAGAUGGACUGGUGGGUCCUCCCGCUCGUCACCCUCUUCUGGCUGCUCUCGUUCCUCGACCGCACGAACAUCGGGAACGCGAAGGUCGCGGGGCUGAUGAAGGACCUGCACCUCACGAACAAGCAGUACUCGAUCGCGCUCACGGUGACGUAUGUCCCGUACAUCGUCGCGGAGCUCCCGUCGAACCUCAUCCUCAAGAAAGUGGGCCCGCACCGGCUGCUGCCGACGAUGCUCACGCUGUGGGGCGUCGUGACCGCGUGCCAGGGCACGCUCAAGUCGUAUUCCGGGCUGCUCGCGUGCCGCUUCUUCCUCGGGCUGCUCGAGGGCGGCGUCUUCCCCGGUCUGGUGCUCUACCUGUCGUACUUCUACCCCCGCGCGAAGCUGCAACUCCGCAUCGCAGGCUUCUUCUCCGCGGCGGCGUUCUCGGGCGCGUUCGGCGGCAUCAUGGCGUAUGGCAUCGUCAACAACCUCGCGCACACGCACGGCCACAAGGGGUGGCAGUGGAUCUUCAUCAUCGAGGGCGUGAUCACAGUGUUUAUCGGGGUCAUCUCGUUCUUCCUGUGGCCGCCGUCCGUCGAGAAGGCGCGCUUCCUGACGGAGGAGGAGAAGACGUACGUCACGGGCCGCCUGCGGGCCGACGGCGCGAUCCACCGGGACGAGGCGGCGGACGGGUUCCGGUGGAGCGAGAUCCCGAAGGCGUUCCAGUCGGUGCACGUGCUGCUGCUCGCGGUCGCGUUCUUCUUCAGCGGCACGACGCUCUUCUCGCUGGCCUACUUCACGCCGUCGAUCCUGCAGGGCCUGGGCUACACCGCCGCGAAGGCGCAGCUGAUGAGCGUGCCGCCGUACUCGGUCGCAUUCGUCGUGUCCGUCGGCACCGCGUGGGUCGCGGACAAGUACCGCUGCCGCGGGUGGGUGAGCGUGGCCGGCUCGGUGCUCGCCGUCGUCGGCUUCGGCAUGUUCCUGGGCAGCGCGAACCACCACGUGCAGUACGCGUCGCUGUUCCUGUCGAUCACGGGCACGUACGUCGUCGCGCCGACGCUGAGCACGUGGAACGCGAACAACAGCGCGCCGCACAUCCGGCGCGCGACGGCGAUUGCCAUUGCGUUCAGCAUGACGAACUCGGGGGGCAUCCUCAGUACGUGGCUGCUCGGCAGCAUCUCGCCGCCGCCGCGCUACGUCGAGGGGACACGGCUGCUGCUCGGCUUCAGCGUGGGCAUCCUCGUGAUGGCGCUCGCGACGAUCGGGUACCUCAAGUACGAGAACGGGAAGAAGGCGGAGGUGCGGAAGAGCACGACGCGCGAGGAGGAGGAUAGCAGCCUCGGAGAUCGGAGCGCGUGGUUUGUGUAUAGCUUGUGA